AUGGCCUAUUUAAUACAACAUGGCAAAAUACGCUCCCAAACAAUAAAUGUACCAGAAGGAUUGCCUGAACUGUUAUCGGACAUUACGCGUGAAGUUCUAAGAUGUCAACCAACCAAAGAGUGCUUGUGUCAAUUCAUAAUUGAUUAUUUGCAUUCGGUGAUUGUAGCGCGAGACAAGGCACGAAUGGCCAAAAUGGCCAUAGAUCGUGCCUUACGUAUAGUCGAUGAGGUUGUUGCGGAUAUGUGUGUCUGUGACAUACAACCAUCGAAAGCGGAAAAAAUGUGUCAAGCCAUGGAGGAAUGUUUUAAACGUUUCUUGGCCCAGAGACGCUGUGAAAUGGGAAAGGAGAUUGAAAUAAUCAAAUUCAAUGAAAUCGAUAUGUUGGAUGAGUUAAUUAGGAGAUGUAAAUUUUCCGAUGAUGAAUUGAAAAUUUCCCGGCCAGUUAUAGAGGCGGCAUAUCAGAAAUUUGUAGAGGCGUAUAUGACAGUACAUGAGAACAUUGAUGGCACUGAAACCCUAUAUCAAUACUUCCGUGAACGUGAAAUCAAACGUGAAGAGGAACGUAAACGUAAUGAGGCGGCACUUAAAAUACAAGCUAAUUUCCGUGGCUUUUUGGUAAGACGUUCCAUGUUUUUACCCAUGGAUACUAAUGUGCCCGCAAAGGAAUACUCCGAUCAGAGCCUGGAUAUAUUCGAAAAAGAAGAGGCAGCUCGUAAAAUUCAACGAUUCUUUCGUCAUAAACUACAACAAAAUGCACCCAAAGAUGAUGGACCACCCGAUGAAUAUAUUUUUCAAGAUGUGUGUGAACCAGCAUCUAGAGCUUUUAUUAAUACUGGCAUAAAUUAUGUAACUGAUCAAACGAUUCCUAAUGAGGACAAUCAGAAUAAACUAAUUCAAGAACCAAAUCAGUCAGAGGCAAAGGAACUAAUUCAAAUAACUUAUGAUAUAACUGAGCAAGACCCAGAAAUUCCACAAGAUAUUAAAGAGAAUAAUAACAUGGAAAAUGAAGAAAAUGUCGCAGAAAACAAUGGCAAUUGA